ACAAACACGUCUACAUGUUUUGACAACGGUCACCUUUCCACAGCAAGCAUGGGCAAUACCUAAAUAAAUUAAUCUAAAAUAAUCUGUUGUUGUUGUUUAAAUGGCAGAUCCAGAGGUUGACCAAAUGACAAGACUGAGACUGAAAAUGCUGGAAAAGAGACUGGAGAAUGAGAGAAAUGACACCACUGAACGAGAGGGUUCUACCCUUUCUACAAGAAGUAAUUAUGGGCAUGCAGAUGCAUUACAUAGCGCUCUGAGAAGGAAGAGAAACCUCUUAAAGAAACUGAGGGAACAACAUCUGAUGGAGGAUCUGGAAAGGCCACACACAUGGGGUGGAUCUCAUAGACAAAAUCAUUAUAAACCUCUAUAUGGGCCACUCCAGCCUGUGCCUCCCAUCCACAUUUACCAAAAUGCACCAUCUGAACAUCAACCUCUACUCCCACCAUCUGUCCCGCAGGCCCCUCGAAUCAUUCAACACACUAUUCCCCAACAGCCAUCUACCAUUAUCCAGCAGUUACCUCAGCAGCAGCCUCUUAUCACACAAAUCCCACCACCACAAACUUUGCCCUACAGAUCAGGAAGCAUUAAAGAAGACAUGGUGGAGCUGAUGCUCAUGCAGAAUGCUCAGAUGCACCAGAUCAUCAUGCACAAUAUGAUGCUGAAGGCUCUUCCACCAAUGGCCAUGUUGCCAGAAGGAAACCCCAGUCAAGUCACAUCUCUAGCCUCACAUCCAGGGCAGGAACAUUAUUCAACAUCCAGAGGAGGAGCUGUUCAUCAUCACCAUUAUUAUGGCUCCCAGAGUCCACCUCUGCCUCCAAUAGGCUACACUGGUUGGCCUUCUUUUAUGCCAGCAGGACAAGGAGGGACUUUUCUGCCACAUGGGAUUGGUUCUGUAACUCUGCCCCCCUUAAACACUAUGGGAACUGAUGCGGUGAAUCCCAGGAUUCCAACUGGACAAUGAUGUUAAACUCUGCCUCUUCUUUGCUUUUGAUCCCUAAUCCUCCUACAUUAAAACAAAGUUUUAGCUUUUUUGUUUAAACUACUUAUUUAAAAUGAGCUAAAUUAACACAUUUUAGUUGUUUUUAGGACAACUUCAUUGCUUUAUGUUCAAUCCACUUCAAUUUGCAAAAACAAUUAUGGUAGCUUAAUCGAUUUGUAUUGGGACAACAUGAAGGAAUUGUGUGGAACUCUGCUGUUUUACUGUGUAAUUUGAUCCCUAUAUAUAUACAUAUAUACACACACACACACAUACAGUAUGUAUAGAUAUUAUUAUUUAUUUAAAGAAACAUUGUGUUAGACUGGGACUUAACGCAUCACUUACAACUUUAAUUGACAUCUUUGUGUCGUUCUGAUUGUUUCUAUUCUCAUUUGUAAGUUAUUUUGGUAAAUUCAUCUAAAAAAUAAAUGUGUUUCAUAUACAUAAAUACAAUUUAAGAAA